GAUACUAUUCGUGAUCGCGAAAUCUUCAAAACUUUUUACCGCCUCCAGAGAUGAAGCAGUUGCUGAAGUAGCUCGAUUUUCUUAGUUUUUCUGGUAUUCUCCUUACUCGAACUUGUGUCGUGGUCCCCGCCGGGAAUGAUAUAGGACUUCGAAGUCGAAAAGAAUAACAAGACAGAUGAGCAGUCGAAUCUGAUUCCUUCUUGUAUUUAUCGUUUUGGUCGUCGCGAAAUGUAGUAGUUGGCUCGAUUGAUUCGUCAAACGUAUGAAAUCGUCGAUGUUACGAGGAAGUCUCAACUGCCGACAGGUUACAAUCUCGUUGUGACGCAAAUUCGGGAUGCUGGAUGCGUUCUCGACAUUGACACGAAAUCUGAAAAUAACCGGUUUGCUGACUGAAAUAAGGGAGGUAAGUAGCUUUGACAGGGCUACUCUUCCUUGUUCAGUAUCUCGCUUAUUUUCAAGAGUUGCUCGCUUAUUUCAGUUUUUCGACGAAGCAUGUCACUAGGCACAGUAUUAAUCAAAUAGGUAGUACAACUACAACUAGUAAAGCAAUAUUAAAGAUCGUCAGGUACUAGCACUGACGGCGCCCAUUUCGAUCGUAGCAGAGCAAAAAAAUGAGUCCUUCUACCCCUUCCUCACCGAGCCGUCGGCUCGACACUUCGUCGCACGGCCCAAGAAUACAGGUUCAUCGAGCAGUGCGCGUUCAUCUCGGGACGAGACACAACGAUAACAACUUCUAUAGACAUGAUAAUCCGAGCAUCAUCCAUCACAAGAACUCCUCUUUCCCGAGGACUACAAGCACGAGCAGUUCUUCAUCUUUUACCACUACUUCUACUUUCCUAGACCACGCCGCCAAGCUUCCCGGCGUCCGCCACGUGUCCUCGUUCCUGGACACCGUAGUCACCAGUUUCCUGAAUCAAGGGACGAAAGACGGAGAACCGCCUACAGGGAGAACCGCCAGAGGUUGUCCUUUGUCCAUGAUGGGCCAAGGAACCGCUUCCAAGAAGGACGAUCUACAGCAAGCCUUAAAGCAUGCGACGAUAGCAAGAGACUUCGCAGACUCAUUCAAGGACACCACAUUCACAGCUGGCGCAGGGACACCGCAGGAACACAUUCAACAUAUCUAUUCUUAUGUUCCCGAGGAGUCAUUUUUGGGCUUGAGAAAGCGAUUGGCUAAGGGUGGAGAUGCCUAAGUGUAGUUCCUUGUACUCUUCUUGUUGAUUCUAAUAUAUUCUGUAUGUAUGGUUCUGGUAUUUGGUUACCUGAAUUUGAUCCUAAGGGUUCUCUUCUUGUUUUCCCUUAUGAUCAAACUCAGGCUAUACCAAAAAUACCGGAACCAUUCAUACUUUUGAUUCGUUUCAGAGUCAGCGUCAUGAACGAGAAUAGAUGCUGCUACUUGAGUAUCAUUAUCGAUUACGCAGUGUCUCUUACUCUUACAUAGUACAACUAGUACCCCAACAUCACAUAUGACCGUGUGCAUGUUUCCUCUAAUCUCAAGUAGCAGCUGAUAGGGCGGCGAGCGAAUUGCAUAAGGGAAUCGAGCUGUUGCAAGGCGAGUUGAAUGGUUUGCGACCAAGAUGA